AUGGCUCCUUUUACAAUUUCCACAUUGCCCUCAUUAAACAUCUGCCAUUUCCGAAAGCCUGGUAAUCGUAUUCUUCCUAUUCGCUGCUCCACGGCUGCUUCUCCUUCCUCGGUUUCUAUCCGAUCAAAAGCUGCUGACUUUGAUUUGAAGACAUAUUGGACUUCCUUAAUGGUGCAGAUCAAUCAGAAGCUCGAUGAAGCUAUUCCAGUUAAAUUUCCUCAGCAGAUAUAUGAAGCUAUGAGGUAUUCUUCCCUUGCCAAAGGUGCCAAGCGAGCCCCACCUGUUAUGUGCAUCUCUGCUUGUGAACUCUUUGGGGGCAGCCGCCUUGCUGCCUUCCCCACUGCCUGUGCUCUUGAGAUGGUUCAUGCUGCUUCGUUGAUACACGAUGAUCUUCCCUGUAUGGAUGACUCUUCAUCACGCCGUGGCCACCCCUCAAACCACACUAUCUAUGGUGUUGACAUGGCAAUUCUUGCGGGGCAGUUCUUGGACCUUGAAGGGGGUCCAAAUGCAGUUGGAUUUAUACAAGAUAAAAAGUUUGGUGAAAUGGGGGAGUGUUCUGCAGUGUGUGGAGGAUUGUUGGCCGGUGCCAAAGAUGAUGAGAUAGAGAGACUGAGGAGGUACGGUAGAGCUGUUGGAGUAUUGUAUGCAGUUGUGGAUGAUAUUUUGGAAGAGAGGUUGAAACCUGAGGGAGAUAAAGACAGGAAAAACAGAGGGAAGAGUUAUGUAGGCGUUUAUGGGGUUGAAAAAGCAGCAGAGAUAGCUGAAGAACUUAGAGCAAAGGCUAUGGAGGAAUUGGAUGGAUUUGAGAAGUAUGGAGAUCAAGUGUUGCCUCUAUACAGUUUUGUGAAUUAUGCUAUUGAUAGAAGUUUCAAUGUUGAUGACGCCAGUGGAUGA